GUGGGCCGUGGCAGCGAGAGAGGAGAACUCGGAAGGUCUGCGGGAUAAAAUCCAGCGGCUCCGGAGGCUGAUCAUGGAAAUCAAAGAGGAGAGAGCAUCAGAUGAAGCACAGCAGUUUCUCCCCUCAUCCCAGUUAGACAGUCUAGGAGAGCCCCAGUUUACGAGUAUUCAGAGAAUUGCAAAUGAGCCAAAGCUGGAAUUCAGUCUUGCAUGCAAGGAUCUAGUGGCUGCUACCCGUGAUCGGAAGCUGAAUACGUUUAUCCAGGUCUCAGUGGUGCAUCCAGCAGAGCACAUUUUGACGCGGUACUCAAGCACUGAAAUCGUGGAGGGUACAAAAGAUCCGCUGUUUUUGACUGGUGUCACCUUCCCACCGGAAUACCCCAUCUAUGAGGAAACUAAAAUAAAACUGACAGUCUAUGAUGUCAAGGACAAAUCCCAAGACACGGUCCGCACCAGUGUCCUACCUGAUCACAAGGAACCAAGAGCAGAUGUUGGGCGAAGCUUCCUGGGCUGUGCAACUUUUAGAGUAGGAGAUCUGGUAAAGUCAAAGGAGCAGCAGUUGACCCUUACCCUCAGAACAUCUGAUGGUGGAAAGACAGUUGGUACUAUUGAAGUCAAUCUUGUGAAGAUGGGAGAACUAGAGGAGGGGGAAACAGACCACAUCACAGCAGAUACCCAGGAUCAAAAGUGUGCAUUGGUUCGUGAGUGUACAGCCACUGAAGGCAUAAGUGGGAAAGACAACCUGCCCUCCUUAAAUGCAGUGUUAAGAAACCCAGUCUGUAAGUUAUACAGAUUCCCUACUUCUGACAACAAGUGGAUGCGGAUCAGGGAACAGAUGGCUGAGACUACCCUCUCUUUCCAUGUUCCUAAAGAACUAAUAAAUCUGCACAUAAAGGAGGAUAUGAGAAGGAAUCAGGACCUUAAAGACCUGGGAGAGCUUGCUCCUCACUGGGACAACAUGCGCAAAAGUGUAAUUGCUCACUGUGAUCAGAUGUUGAGCAUGUACCAGGACACUCUGGCAGAGCUUGGGAAGCAUACAGGUUCUUCCUUUAAGUCAAGCUGUAGCAAAGGAGAAAAAACACUAGAAUUCAUCCCAAUAAAUCUUCAUCUGCAAAGAAUGCAUGUGCAUAGUCCUCGAUUGAAAGAUGCUCUGUAUGAUGUUAUCACCGUGGGAGCCCCAGCAGCUCAUUUCCAAGGAUUUAAGAAUGGUGGUCUACGGAAACUGCUGAGUAAAUUUGAGGCAGAAAGACGAAAUACUGGAUACCAGUGUAUUUACUAUUCACCUGAAAACACAGCCAAGGCAAAAGAAGUUCUCAGCAACAUCAAUCAUCUGCAACCUCUCAUAUCAAGCCAUGCAGACCUGCUGCUUAGUUCUGCAAGCCAACGUUCUCCAGACAGCUUGAAGAAUUCUUUAAAGAUGCUUUCAGAAAAAACGGAGUUAUUCGUGCACGCGUUCAAGGACCAGCUGGUCAGAAGUGCCCUUUUAGCACUGUACACAGCCCGGCCUGGCUGUGUCCUCAAGAAACCAGCUGUGCCUAGAAACAGUGCAGAAGAAGGGGCUGAUGCACAGCACCAGGAGCAUCCUUCUCAGAUGAAGAGGCAGGACUCUAUACCCCAUCAUUCUGAGUACGAUGAGGAAGAGUGGGACAGGGUGUGGGCCAAUGUGGCAAAGAGUUUGAACUGCCUUAUUGCCAUGGUGGACAGACUGCUUGAAAAAGACAACAUCAGCAACAUUAAAGAGGGUGAAAAUGAGCCUUCAGCAGCAGAUUGCCAGGUGUUGCAUACAGGUGGUGACUGGUAUGAACAGCUGUACCCACUGGUGAUUACACUGAAGGACUGCAUGGGAGAGGUGGUGACCAGAGCCAAGCAAUCCAUGGCGUUUGUCCUGCUCCAGGAACUUGCCUGUGGUUUGCCCCAGUGUUUGAUGCUGACCCUAAGAAGAGACAUCGUCUUUAGCCAAGCACUCGCUGGAUUGGUCUGUGGAUUCGUAAUCAAAUUGCACACAGGUUUACAUGAUCAAGGAUUUUUACAACAGCUUCAUACUGUUGGAUUGCUUGUGCAAUAUGAAGGACUCCUUAGUACAUAUAGUGAAGAAGCAGGGAUGCUAGAAGACAUGGCUGUGGGCAUUUCAGAUUUGCAGAAAGUAAUGUUUAAAGUAAUUGAAGCCAAAUCAGAUGAUUUUUUGCCUAUUAUAACUGGAAGGCGUGAACAUUACAUUAUAGAGGUCCAGCUUCCAGCAAAGAUGUUUGAGCUGCUGCCACAAGAGAUUAAAGAAGGAAAGCUGCUUCGCAUGUAUCCGGUGCUCUUUAAUGUUGGAAUCAAUGAACAGCAAACACUGGCAGAGAGGUUUGGAGAUACCACUUUGCAGGAAAACAUUAACCAGGAAAACUUAGAACUUCUCAAAGAAUAUUACAAGUUAUUUACGGAAAAAAUGCCUCCUGAUUGUUUACCACAUUUUCAAGAACAAAAUGAUUUAAAGGGGUUGCUAGAAAGUCUUCAUCAAAAUAUCCAGGCCAAAAAGAGAAAGAAUGUAGAAAUCAUGUGGCUGGCUGCAACGAUCUGCCGGAAGCUGAACGGAGUGCGCUUCACCUGCUGCAAGAGUGCCAAAGACAGGACAUCCAUGUCAGUGACCCUGGAGCAGUGCUCCAUCCUGAGGGACGAGCACCAGCUGCACAAAGACUUCUUCAUUCGGGCGCUGGAUUGCAUGAGGAGAGAAGGAUGCCGCAUAGAGAAUGUUCUGAAGAAUGUCAAAUGCAGAAAGUAUGCAUUCAACAUGAUACAGCUGAUGGCUUUCCCAAAGUACUACAGACCUCCAGAGGGGACAUAUGGAAAAGCUGACACCUAAGUUUAACAAAAGUGUAAUCAGGAGCAUACAUCAUGCUAAUUAGUGAAUAUAACAACUGCUGUUUAUGACAUAUGGAUUGGGAAUGUGUAACCAAUAGAGGUGUUCUUUUCAUCAGGUUUUAUCAUUUUACAUUAAAAUGAAUCUGGUCAGUCAUUAUGAAAUAAAUACCAUGAAAAAUCAAUGGACUGAAUAUUCUGAAAAUCAAAUAUAUUCAACUUAUCCUCGUGAAGUUGAAGCUUAGUAUGACUCAUAAGCCAGCUAGAAUUAGUUUUUGGGGUCAUUUGAUUGAAGAUUAAAAAGGGAAAUGGCAUUUGCUGUAGGAACAGAGAUUAGUAAUCUGGAAGGUGGCAUUCUGACUCCAAAUCAAACCCUGAGAUUUGAUUUAAGGGGUCUCUUACUGCUGGAAAAGGUGUUUUCUGGAACCAGCAGAGCACUGAGCUCUUGAUCACUAAUGAUUAAACCUUUCAAAGAAAUGUUUAUGAAAGAUGCUGAUGUUAAUACCUGGGCUAAAUAUAAUUUUGGUAAUUGCAAUUAGCUUCUUUACAUAAGCACAGUAAUUUCAUAAUAUGUUUUUAGUAAUUGCAGACUGUAAUUUCAGUAAUUCCUUUCUGAUUCCCCGCAGUUCAUUUGGAUGUAUCACUCUUGGUUUUCUGUACCCCAGCCAAAUACCACUUAUUUCACUUUUACAUAAAUCACACUGAAAUCAUGGAGAUUCAUUCCACAAGUAAAGUGACCUGAAUUUGACCUCCUAUUUAGUGUAAACCCUUAAAAGUAAAUUUUCUUUAGUGGUAGGGAAAAUAAGUUGUAUAUACAGGAUUUAAUGUAUCUUUAGGCUAUGAAAACAUGUAUGUUAUUACAAAGCCUAAAAUAAAUGUUAUGAGUAAACUGCUGUACUAGGAUUAGUUAGCCACUGCAGCUGAUUUAUUUCAAAUUUGUAAUGCUGCAGGUAGACACUCUAGGAUGAAGAACUAUCAGCUUUAAAAAUGAAUGUUAAUGCUCUGCCAGCUCGUGUUAGUCAUGAAAUUUGUCUUGCAAAGAACGUUUGUGUUUUCUAAUUGUACCUAUUUAUUACCUUCUUCUGGCUCCCAGAGAGAAAUACAAUUUAAAACUCCCAAGUAUUCACUGGUUACUGACCUUUAUGUAACAUUCUUUUCAUAUGUAGAGCAGAAGUAUGAGAAAUUUAUCCUAGUGAAACUACCCUGGGAAUUUGAGCAUCUGUAGGAAAUCAUAAUUGCCAUGGAUAAAGAAGUAAAUGUUUGCUUACUCCUAUGGAAGUCAAAGAAAUCUCUAUGCACCAUGAGUUAGAAUUCGUUCUUUUUAAUCCAUUAAUAUCAAUUACUGGGUAUAAAUCUGUAACCAUAAUGGAAUUUAAGAGCCUGAUUCUGCAAAUUCUGUUUGGGUGAUCCCAUGGAACUGAUCUAUCAUUUGUCUAAAAUUUUAUCUAUCUUGUAUAUUUGCUUCAAGAUCAGGCUUUGGAGUUUGUAGGAAAACAUCAGAAAGAGAUCUUUGUUCUAAUAUUCAUUGACUUCAGUGGAGCCAGAAAUUCACCUAUACAAUAUAUUAACGAAUGGGAACUUUUUUCCAAAGAAAAGUAGGUAAUGUAAGUAGUGUUUUGGUGCAUUAAUUAAUUAUAUAAUGUGCUAUGAUUAAUUGCUUCCUUUUUCUUGGAAUGUAUUACUUCAGUAGAUGUCAGAAGGGUUGGCAAUGCAUCACAGUUAAGCUCAGACUGAUAAAAACAUAAUGCCUUGA